AUGGGUGAUACGAAUGGACAAGUAGUAGCUGGUAACAAUGGCCAAGGAAAUCGAUUGGAUCAAUUGAAUGAACCAACCAAUGUGUUGAUUGACAAAGAGACGGAUAGUCUCAUUAUUUGUGAUUGGGGGAAUCGACGAGUCGUUCGAUGGUCUCGUCGUAGUGGUACAACUCAAGGAGAAAUCCUCAUCGACAACAUCCGUUGUCGAGGAUUGGCCAUGGAUGAUCAGACAUAUCUCUACAUCUCUGAUCCCAACAAACAUGAAGUAAGACGAUAUCAAAUAGGAGACAAGAAUGGAACUCUUGUGGCUGGUGGCAAUGGCAAAGGUGCUAGUCUCAAUCAAUUCAACGAACCGAGAUACAUCUUUGUCGAUCAACAACAGACUGUCUACGUGUCAGACAACAACAAUGAUCGUGUAAUGAAAUGGAAUAAAGGUGCAAAAGAAGGAAUUAUCGUCGCUGGAGGUCAAGGCGAAGGGAAUACUCUGGCACAGUUGUAUUAUCCUUUUGGACUGUUCGUCGAUACAGUGGGUACCAUCUAUGUGGCAGACCAAGGGAAUCAUCGAGUAAUGCGUUGGCCUAAAGGAGCGAAACAGGGCACUGUCAUUGUGGGUGGAAAUGGUAAAGGAGAAGAAGCAAAUCAGUUCAACUAUCUCCGUGGUUUGUCCUUCGAUCAACAUGGCAAUCUCUAUGUCGUCGAUCGGUCGAAUCAUCGUGUUCAACGUUUUUCAAUCGAAUAG